CUCAGAUAGAAGGCAAAGGUCCUCUUGAUGUCAAAUAACGCUCUUACUAGGCUCAAUUAGAUGGCUGCUGCAGCUUGGUGCGGCGCUGUCCCUUUCCUUUCUUGCCCCCCCACUCUCGCCCCUCCACACUACCCGCCCGUCGGCCUAUCCACGCAUGCGCACAUACUAUACACACACACAAACACAAACACGCGCAUUGCACGCACAUCCAACAUCCACAAAACCACACACUCACACAAAUGCAUCUUGCCAGCACCACUCGCUGCUGCACUCACAUCCGUCAUACCGUCGCCGCGCCUCAUCGCGUGCCCCGCCGGUCAAUUCUCUGCUCGCGGCUCGCGGCUGGCGGCUUCUAAGCCUAGCGCAGCCGACGUGCAUCAUCAUUUUCCAUCACUCGAGAAACUUACCGACAAUCGCUAUCGUCCAAUAUCGGCGCCAAGCUCAUCUCGAGUGGCUGGGACAGAUGUCCAGGUACUAGCGCUAGCCGCCCCCAUCUGGUUACUAGCCACAUAGCCUCACCCUGUGCAGCUGUGUCGUCUAUAGAGCGGUGAGGGGCGUCUCGGAGGAUUCUUGCUUUAUCGAAUAACGGGG